UCGUCCGAGGAGAGCACUUCUACUGAUUUUCAGGCGACAUGGCGCUGUGGCCACUGCUGUUGCUCACCCUGGGAUUGUGGGUGCUGGUCCGGAAAUGGGCACUCCUGCGACUGGGAACCAGUCUGCCCGGUCCCUGGGCAUUUCCGCUUUUGGGCAACGCCCAGAUGGUGGGCAAACUGAAGCCAGAAUUCAUCUUCCUCGUUUUCACAGAGAUGCGGGAUCGCUUCGGGGCCACCUAUCGCCUCUGGCUGGGCCCCCAGUUGUGGGUGUUCCUCCACUCGGCGGAGGAGACGCGACAGGCCCUGCACGAUCCCACGCUCCGCAAGGCGGAGACCUUCCUCCAGCUGGAGCCGCUCAUCGGCAACGGACUGCUCAUCAGCCACGGAGCACAUUGGACCCGCCAGCGCCGCCUCCUCACUCCCGCCUUUCAGCCACAACUGCUGCGCAGCUUUGCCCCGGAUAUCGCUGGGCAUGUGGAGCGCCUGGUGACCCGACUGGCGGCCACCAAGGGCGCCUUUCUGGAGGUCACCGAUCCAUUGUUUGCCUGCCUCCUAGACGCCAUCGUGGACACCUCCAUGGGUGCCAACCUGAACACACAGUCCACGGAUCACUCGCCCAUCAUCAAUGCAUUUCACCUCAGCAGUAAGUUGCUGUUCAAACGCAUGAUCAAUCCGCUCCUGGCUUCAGAUUGGAUCUUCCAUCGCACCAAACUGUGGCGGGAUCUCGACGAGCAGCUCCAGGUGAUCCACACCCAAAUGGAGUCGGUGAUCGGGCAGCGCGCCAAGGAGCUGGAGGAGAUGGAGGAAGCUCCAGGAGGAGCCCACAAUCUCCUGGAUACACUCCUGUUGGCCAGAUUUGAGGGUCAAAAAAAACUGAGCAGAAAGGAAAUUCGUGACGAGGUCAACACUUUUGUGUUUGCGGGAGUGGACACCACGACGGCUUCCAUGUCGUUUGUGCUUUAUGCGCUCGCCAAAUAUCCGGAAACCCAAUCACGUCUGCGGAAGGAGCUGCAGGAGCUACCGUUGGAUGGACUCUCCGACCCGGACUCCCUCAGCGAACUGCCCUAUCUGGAGGCUCUGAUCAAGGAGGUGCUGCGGCUGUAUACCAUUGUGCCCACCACUGGACGGCAGACGACGCGGUCCACGGAGAUUGGAGGGAGAACCUACUGUGCCGGCGUCACACUCUGGAUUAAUAUGUAUGGACUGGCACACGAUAAGCUCUACUAUCCGGAUCCGUAUGCCUUCAAGCCGGAACGUUGGCUGGAGGAUGGCGGUUCUGCCCCACCCGCCUUCAGCUACAUCCCCUUCUCCGGCGGACCACAUGUCUGCAUCGGGAGACGGUACUCGCUGCUGCUGAUGAAGCUCCUCACCGCCCGCCUCGUCAUGGAAUUCGAUCUAGAACUGCGUCCGGAGCAGGCUCCUCUCAAACUGCAGGCCCAAAUGGUGCUGAAAGCCCAAGAGGGCAUACAUGUGUCAUUUCUGAAACGAUAAAAACUAAUUUUCUA